AUGGCUGACGCGCGCGGAGAGUACUGGUACUAUGAAGAUGGCGUCGACCCCAGCAAGAUAACGGUCCCGGAACUGAGGAGCAUCUUGCUGAGACAUGGCGUCACAUAUCCGUCCUCGGCAAAGAAGCCCGCUCUGGUUGGCAUGUUCGUCGACCUAGUCCUCCCUCAGAAGUCCAAAGUCCAGCGGAUGCAGGCACACACGAAGCGCUCGACGCGGGGCAUCGUAGACGUCCCCUCCAGUUCAGCCAGUACGGUCGAGACAGACGACGCCGAGGACGAAACCCUUAUUGCGCCUACGCCUGCGAAGACACGACGCACUACCCGACGAACCACCCGCGAGCCAACAGAGGAGGCAGAGGUGCCGGCACCACGCGCCAAGACACCCGCGCGCGCUGUCCCUGCCAAACACAGCAGAGCGCUUGAGCCCGAGGUGGACGAGCGGCCCGCGGCUAGACGCACACGCAAGAGCGUCACUCCUGCACCCAAAGAGCCCACGCCUGAGCCUGAAGCAUGGCAUCGCAACGACGCUGCCAGUCCCUUCACCCAGGAAAACCCGUUCCAAAGCGGAAGCUCUCCUGCAGUACCAGAUACCAUAUCGCGCGACCGGCGUAGGAGAACUACCGGAUUUGGUCAGCAAGAACGGCGCAAGAGCGAUGCGCACCGCCGGAGGACCGUCCAGCCCAAGGCUGAACAACUAGACGAGGGUAUCAUGGUACCUACACGUGGAACGUUUGAUGUGGCAGACCCGCGUACACAGCACCAGGAAGACGAUCUUGCAGAUGCUGGCGAGGAAUUCACUCCAGAAGAGCAACUUGAACUAGUGCGCGAGCGUGCUAAGGCUGGCGAGGUCGACAUUCUGCCUCCACGUAGACGGAGGCAAAAGGGCAAAGCCACUGGUACGAUCAAAGCAAUGGCCGGAACUCUACUCCUCACAGCAUCAGCCGCUUUCGCUGGCGUCUGGCGACAGGAAAAGAUCGAUGUUGGCUUUUGUGGCAUCGGACGAGAUGCUACUGGACUUGGUGGUAUGGAGCUACCGAGCUGGGCAGAUCAGCUCCUCCCGCAGUGUGAGCCCUGCCCACCACACGCGCAGUGUUUCCGCGGGUUGACUUUGAGGUGCGAUCCCGAUUUCAUCAUGAAGGACCAUCCGCUGUCCCUCGGCGGCCUGGUUCCUCUCCCACCGACAUGUGAGCCAGAUAGCGAGAAGACACGGAAGGUGAAUGGUAUCGCGAACAAGGCAGUGGAGAUUCUGCGACAACGCAAGGCCCAGUAUGAGUGUGGGGAACCAGAUGCGGCAGGAAAUCCAGUGGACAGCCCUGAAGUCAGCGAAGGAGAUCUGAAGCAGCAGAUGGCUUCUCAAAAGAGCAAGAGCUUGACAGACCAGGAGUUCAGUGAGCUGUUCGACAGAGCCUUUCCUGAACUGACUAUGCGAGAGGAGAUAGUCGAAAGCACCGAUGGAACAACAGGCGGACGACGUCUCGCAUCCACCUCCCUCGCCAAGCUCUCCCUCUCCUGCAGCGUCCGAAGAUCCCUCCGAGAAUCUUUUGAACGACAUCUUCUCCAAAUUGUAACGAUGCUCAUUCUGAUUGCCACUGGAUCGUACGGAAAGUACGCAUACACCAGUAACCGAGCAAUGGAAGUUCGCGCGAAGCAACUAGCAAGCGACGCAUACGAUAGACUCCAGGACCAAGCCGCGUUGAGCUACUAUGACCCUGGUGCGGAGAAGGGUAUCAGUAUGACACAACUGCGAGAUGACGUCUUGAGGACUGAGUUCAACGCAUCUCGCCGACAGAAGCUAUGGACAAGGGUGCAGGCGAAGGUCGAAAAGAACAGCAACAUCCGUGCAGGUGUCCGAGCCACAGCGAGCGGUGACGUUGCUCGCAUGUGGGAAUGGGUCGGCCCUGUGAAGCGCAUCGACGACGGACGGAGCCCUGAGAAGCGCGAGAGUGGCAGGUUCAGUCUCGGCAUGGGUAGCAGCCCACUGUCCGCAUCCAAGGAUACGAAGGAGGUCCAGAAGUGGGAGGAGGGACAUCCGAUUUACUAG